AUGGAGCCGUGUUCAAUGCUCGACCCUCAACCCGGCACGUCGACUGGCAAAAGGCAUUCGAAAAUAAAGUGCGAGACCCCUCAACCACCGCUACUAUGUUCUUCCACCGAUCGUUCCUCAAAGACCAGCAGCGAGGAAAGCUACCUCAGCUACCUGGGCCGCAUGGCAGUGUCUGGCACCGACACUCACAACAACUCUCAGGAGGCAUCCACUUCCGUCAUUCUGAAUUUCUGUCAGAUCCGCGUGCUGAAGCACUACUUCAGGCUGCUGUGCUUCGUUGGGUGGAGACCCAUGUUCGCUGUUCCCAACACUCAUGGAUGUUACGGGUGUCUGCAGAGCUUUAACACGUUUUACGUCUCUUGCGUGAUCGCUCUGAUGUGCGUAGGGCACGUGCUUCAGUACAUGGCGUGCUUCAGGAGGGAUAGCCUACUGUCGUAUAAGAAGUCCGACUCGCCGAUUAGUCCUUCUUGGAUACAGUCUUGCAGCGGUAGCGUAUUCGCCGUCUACAUCCUACCUGCCUUUCUGCAACUGGUAGCUUACUUUGUCACAUUCUGCAACAUGCGUGCACAAGACAGCGAGCAGUUCGAGUCCCUCAUGGAAAAGGUCUGUCUUCAAAUGGCUGUCACCGACAUCUGGCCCAUUGCCCGUAAGCGGAUCACGCAGCGCCUUCGAGGCGUCCACGUCGCUGGAUUAAUCUGGAUCCUUUCCUCCAUCGGGUCAUUGGGCAUCAACGCUUUUGGCAUCAGAAGCAUCCACUUUGACUUCAUCUCCGACGAGGACAUCUGGAAACGAUGCCUCCUCGUAACAGUUCUGCUGGCUACGUUGCUUUUUCAUGACAUCAUCUGCAUGGCCAUAGCUGUUACUUACAGCAUACAAUGCCAGUUACUGCUGGUGUACUUACAGAACUUAAAUCAGUCUGUGCGAGAAAGAACGAUUAGCAUUCUGAGUUUCGUAAAAGGCAUCGAGGAAGCUCGAAAGGCGGUCAAGUAUCUUAACAAGAAACAAGCGCUUGCUGUGACAUUACAGAUGAUAUGGUUAUUUUCCCGGACUGCUGUUUGCAUAUACGCACUUUUGAUGACCCCUUGGGACAACGUGAUUCGAUUUGUGGCUGCGUUGCUGAAUGUUUCGCUUUGGCUGUGUUUGGUGCUGUUGCCUCUCGUGCAAGCGUGCAGACUUAGCUCUGCUUGUAACCACAUAAGAGAAGUCGGUCUCGAGUUGAGAGCAAGGCCGUUUGGUUACAUUGAUGAACCCCAAGAAGACUUGAAUUCGUUGCUCUUGUUUACGUCAUCGCUGAGGAUACAAGCAAAGUUAUGCGCGCUGCCAGUGACGAAGCGAACCGUUAUCUCGUUAUUCUUGUUGAUAGGAAUAUGCCUGUUUAUCGCGGUGGAGUUGAACCUAGUUCGCUUUGGGCCGUGA